AUGUCGUUUCUCCGACUUGGUCGAAAUGGCACACUCGUCGAGAGGAAGGCCGCCGUACUUCGACAUAAUACGACGGGCGCCGUACGACCCUCGCCACGACAGUUUGCAACCAAAGCAUCGCCGAUGGCUUCCCACGAGCCUUUCGAAGAGGAGACUCUACCAGGCUACGAAGCCGAAGAAUUCUAUCCUGUGCACAUCGGUGAGAAGCUCAACGCACGUUAUGAGGUAUUGGGCAAGCUAGGCUACGGUGCCAGUGCUACUGCUUGGUUAUGUCGAGACCUGAAGGCAAAAGAACGUGUGGCUAUCAAAAUUUACGACAAGAUGUCAAGCCAACAUGCCAAUCGGGAACAGGAGGCGUACGAUCUUCUUACGAAAGUCACAAGGGAUGGACCACUCCACCACCAUGUUCGACAGCUCCUGGACUCAUUCAGAGUCACCCGUUCUGAUGCAGCAGACCCGCACCUUUGUCUAGUCCAUCAACCGCUUCACACUUCGCUCUAUUCCUUCCAACGAUUUGGCGGUGUCGCCAGACCACUCCCGGAAUCUCUUGCCAAGUCCAUCAUUCGGUAUAUACUCGAGGCGCUUGACUUCCUGCAUACUGACGCCGGGAUAACGCAUUGCGAUAUCAAGCUUUCCAACCUCAUGCUUCAGAUCGAAGAUAUGAGCGUCCUCGACGACUUCGAACGAGCUGAACAGGAAGCACCGUGCGCUCGAAAAGUCGUGGGUGAUACGAGGACUAUCUACGCUACCCGCCGGUUCCAAAACGCCAAAGGUCAUGCGUAUGGUCCGCCGAUCCUCUGUGAUCUAGGAGAGGCCAGGAUCGGCUCGUCGCACCAGUACGAGGAGAUACAGCCAGAAGUAUACAAGGCGCCGGAAAUCCUUAUGCAGCUCGAUCGGUGGGAUCACAGCGUGGACAUCUGGAAUCUCGCAUGUGUCGUGUGGGACAUGAUAGAAGUGGACCACCUUUUUGAUGGAUACGAUGACGAAGGAUACCACAACAAUGGCGUUCACAUGCGAGAGAUGGUGAAUCUGCUCGGCCGCCCUCCACGGGAUUUUCUGAGUCGAAGUCCACACACCUGGAGGCUCUUCGAUCAAGAGGGGAACUGGAAAGGCAGGACGCCCCUUGCGCCUGUGUCUCUGGAAGCUCGAAUUCAGUCUCUGAGCGGCGACAGUAAAACUGGGUUUGCCGACUUCCUGAGUUCCAUGCUGUGUUGGCUGCCGGACGAUAGGAAGACUGCUGGGGCUCUUCUGCGCCAUCCUUGGCUUGAAGAAGCAUGA